UUCAGUUGAACGUUGAACAUCUCAUACUAUUCAUAGUUCCGUGCUCGUUAGCAUUUCAUCUUCCAUCUUCGUGCCAAAACCGCUACCUAUUCGAGAAAGACCGAAAGCGCUACUGGUUGUCGACGUUUGUUGUUUAUAGUUAUCUCAAUAUCGCCAAAGCGACUGUCGCGCCAUUUCCUUCAACGUCACGUGCUUCAUUUUGCCUACUUACGUUUAAUCAUCGUUUAACCACCGCCCGCCGCCAUUAAACUGUUUUCCAACAUGGCUUCUUCAAACACUAGCAGACUCGGUAAAGAAUGGGAUCUUACACCAUAUGAAUUGCAGAGAACUCCUCAUGAAGUCAUUACGGACGAUACAGAAAUAGCUGUACCUGAGCGGUCUCUUGAAAAAGAAUUGAUGUGUCCGAUUUGUUUAGAUUUGUUGAACAAGCCAGUGUCGACUAAAUGUCUUCAUAGAUUCUGUUCUGAAUGUAUCGUGACUGCACUUCGUUCUGGUAACAAAGAAUGUCCUACUUGUCGUAAAAAGAUAAAAUCCAAACGAUGUCUACGACCUGACCCAAGUUUUGAAAUGUUAAUAUCUAAAAUCUUUCCUAGUCGUGAAGAAUACAAUGCAAUUCAAAAUAGAUAUAUUGAGAAAAUAAAACAGAAUCAAAGUCAAGAUAACCUGAUAAAAUCCAUAGCUGAAGGAAUAGAAAUACAAUCAAAACGGCGUUCGUAUCAGACUAAGAAGAAACGAGACAUACAGGAAACUGAAAGUAACUCAUCAAGUACUUUUACACCAUCUACUUCUGGUCAAAUGGACGUCAAACUAACAAAACCAACAUUAGAAGGCAAUGAAAUAAAAAAGAUUAAAACAGUUGCUUCAACAUCUGUAAUCACCGAUAUUAUUGAAUGUGAUAGUGCGUUUAAUGGUAUGUCAUUAAAUGAUUUGGAACUGGUGCUCAAGCCUCAUCCCAAGAAAAUGCGUAAUAAUAAAUUAAAAAAGGAAUCAAAUAAAACUGAGCUACGUUUUCUAAAAGCGCCACCUCUUACUACUGUCGAACACGUAAGUAGUUAUUUAACUAUGCGGUUCAAUUUAGAUCACAAUAAAGAGAUUGGAAACAAUCAAAUAAAGGCCUCAAUCUACAUUUUACAAACUGCUGGUCAAUACAUACUUCUCGAAGGCAAUCUAACACUUCAAAAUGUUCAAGAGAAAUUUUUGAACGUCAAGAAAGAGGAACCAAUGGAAAUCUUUUACUCUUUUAAUUAAAUUUAUACGAUUAUCUACCAACAUUAGUUAUAACUUAUAAAUA